CAUCAUGGUUGGCUGCUCCGUGUGAAAACCAUCACUCGUAGGUUUGUGCAGAACUUUAACGGCUUGGCCUUACCUUGUUGUGACAUAGAAUAAAUCCCAGACACUGUAUGAUUUGACAAGGUGCAUUAAUACACACAGUGCCAUAGUAUAUACAUGUAGUAGGGCGUGUCUAUACCGUUGGUAGUUCUGUUGCUGGGAUCUGGUCGAGCCCUGAUUCUCCGAUUACUUUCUUCGUUACUCGUUUUUGAAGACAAAUUGCCAUGGAUGAGAGUAGCAAUGUCACAAGGACCACGACCACCACAACGGUGGUGUCUACACAGCCUAUGGUGGGAGAAAGCCGAACGGUCGUCGUCCGCAACCAGAUGACUGAACACGAUUGGUCAAGCGGAUUGUGUGAAUGCACCAAAGACAUAAAAACAUGUCUAUUGGCCUUCUUCUGCCUGCCAUGCUUCGAUUGUUACUUGGCGUCUCGGUUGAAGGAGUUCUGUUGCAUUCCCCUCUGCGUGCCUUGUGGAGAGAUUGCUAUGCGCACCAAGAUUCGCACUCAGGAGAAUAUUCACGGAUCUAUCUGCGACGAUUGCUUGAAGCUGACGUUCUGCCCAUGUUGUGUUUUGGCCCAGAUGAGCAGGGAGCUAGACCACAUUGAGCACAAGAUCUAGGCAACCGGCUUGCCGCCGAUGAUAAACCAACAACCUGAAUGUCAACCUUGCUGGUUGUCAUGUGACUUUUGGCAUGUAUGCCAUUGGUGCCAAAAGUU